AUUGUAUUUAAAAGAAAAAAAAGAAAUUCACUAUUCAUGAAUAAUGAUAUUCUUUCUUUUUCUUUAGCAUAGUUCUCUGGACUAAGAUUGGUCAUGAUAAAAUUGAUGGUUCAUACAGGAAAUGGAAGCCAGGCCAAUGAGCAAAGUGAGGGACUGAAACUACCCCCUUAGAAGGGCAAAGGAUAGGAGGAGCCAAAAGACCAAACUUUAGUAUAUAAUUUUCGACUCUCGAGUGAAGGUUGGGGGCCCAUCACACCUUCUUUUUACCCGUGAUUGCCGCUCGUUUGUCCAAAAGAAAUCGGGGACCCCUUUAGGAACGGCAUUGACUAGGCAACAAGCUUCACAACUGCAGAGUUUCUAUACUAGUUCCACAUGCCAAACUUCAACAAUAAUUAAUUGUGAAAUUACCGCAAAUCUCAAUUCAAUUUAAGAAGUAAACAGAAAGAUGAGACUAGAAGGGAAAAUUUUGGUAAUUAACAAAUGAUUUUCACUUGUAAGAGUGUAAGUAAUCUGCAUAAUUGGUUGGCGUAGCUUCUAAGAAAAAUGGGAAAUGGUCAAAUGGUUCUUUUCUGAUACUGUCAAAUCAAACAGGGAGCACACUCAUUAAGUUUGGGCUGAAAAGAAAACAAAAGACAAAGUGUAGCAUCUUCCUGUAUACACCAAGACAAGGAUUGGAAAACAGAUUUUCUUCGAAACCAAAACUAUCUUUUCCAAGACUCCAAAUCUUUUGCUUAGAUACAUAUACGCUUGUCAUUUCUUUCACUACUUUGAGAUAAGAUGUACCAACAAGCUCCUUUUCUUGAUAAUUUAUACAAAUCCUUCUUUCCCAUAUGCUGCAUCAAUGGCUUUCCCCCCUUCUAAUCCCUUCAUCUUCAAGCAUUCAAAGACCUAAUUUCAUUAAAUGAGGAUGUGACAUCAAGGAUAAGGUACAUCUUCUAGACAUACAUUACCUUUUAUGAUAAAAUUUAAUGUAAUCAAGGUAUCUUAAAAUUUUGUGCUAGUUUGUAAGCUAAGCAUUUACCCAAAAUGAUGACAAAUAGAAUUUUCUACUAUCUUCUUCUAAACUUUUACCUGUCCAUACUAAUAGUAAAAUUAGUAUUAAAAUACUAAUUCAAAUUAGCAUGAAAAGCUCAAUCAACUAAUCAUCAAACAAUCUAAACAAUGUACAAUGAUGAACUUGAGGCUUAAGUCAAGUGGUUAGUCCCCUACUCUUAUAAAAUGAAUUUUGAUAAGAUUGAAAUUAGAUCCCAUCACUUACAAUAGUUAAGUAGAUUAAGGCAUCAUUUAUCAUAAUUUCAUUUCCCACUUUCCCACCAAUAAAUUAGUACUAUAUAAAUUUACAAUGGGUAACUUCCCACUAAUCAAUACAUAGAAAUUUUAAUUCAUUUUGUCUCAACCCCAAGCCCAACAAAUAUAAAACUAAAUUUUUUUUUUUUAUUUUUUGAUAAAAAAAUUUAAUUCAAAAUCAAAUUUCUAAUACCUUCUCGUGUGCCUUUAAUCACUGUACCAAAGACUCGGUAACAAAACUAAAUAUUUUACCACCGAUACAUUUAAACAUCAGGGCUAUGUGCUUUUGCCGUGACCAACAGGCCUUGAGAAGAGAAGUGGGCGUGGGUUCUAGCCUUACCAUUCCCUUCGCCCCUUGUAAUCCAAUGAUAAAAAAAAAAAGGCUAUGUUCUGUCAGUAACUUUACCUCAUAUUUAUCUACUUUCUUGUUUUUGUUCAGACUUUUUAUCAAACCAUUGGCACGCAUAGCAUUGCCAAUUGAGAAAUCAAGAAACUUUUUUGCUCUUCAAUUUCUUUGAUUUUUAACUUCUUCUGGGUAUUUCUUAUUUUGAUGAUAAAUUGAAGAAAGAGAAAAAAAAGGAGAAGAAUGGAUGGAGCAGAGUUGGAGUUAGAGAGGAGAAGCAAGUUUUUGAACAGUUUGAUUCAAAAGAAGAAAGCUAUAGAACAACAAGAGCAAAAUGAACUUCUUAAUAUUAAAGUCAGAGCUUUUGAUAUGCCUUUACCUCUUCAAAACAAGGCUUUUAAAUGUGCCCGAGAACAGCUUGAUUCUAUGCCUGGAAAGCUUGAUAGUAAACGCCUAGCCCUUGCUCUUAAGAAGGAAUUUGACUCAACAUAUGGUCCUGCUUGGCACUGCAUCGUGGGAACUAGCUUUGGCUCAUACGUAACGCAUUCACUAGGAGGUUUCUUGUAUUUUUCAAUUGACAAGGUUUACAUCCUUCUCUUCAAGACUGCUGUUGAGCCUUUAGACCAUUGAUGGUUUCAACAGAUUUGUGUUCUACACGUUUCUUGUGUUGGUAACAAAUUUACAAAUUUCCAUUUUAAGUUGCAUGUACAACUACAGAAUGCAAAACUGAUAAACACGUGUAUUGUUGGUUCUUCAAUAUCUAUGCUGUAUUUGCUAAGUGCUAAAAUUAUAAAUGAGUGAUAGGUUCUGUCAAUUUCCUGUUCUUACAAAUUUUUUAUCCUUUAUAGAUACACAGAAAGUGCCAGUGUUUUGGAUGGAGUGCUAGCCUUGGUUUUGUAUAUUUAGUAUCUUAUUUUUUACGUUCUUUCUCAAUUAAAGGGGCAAUAAUCUUUAACUUGUAGGGUACUUGAGCAAUUGCUUUAGUAAUAGGUGCCUGUGCCAUGCAUGUAUCUUCCUGCUCAAAGAUUUAAGUUAAAAUCUCUCCUGCCCCAAAUAAAAAAAAUUAAAAAAAUAAAACCUUUAAAUGAACCAACUUGAAUAAUGUAAAGGGAAUUGAUCUACAUAUAAAUAAGAAUAGAACCGAAUGUGCCUGAUCAAGAUAUCUUGAUUAAAGAUCUUAAACUACAUGUUAAAAUCUACUCCUUUUAAAUCCAGUCCAAAGAAUACAGCGAAAAAUAGCUCAGCAGUUAUAGCAAUACAAAAAUAAUCUUGAAUAAUCCCUCCUUGGGCUUAUUUGUUACGUAAUAUAAUGGCAUCUCUCAUCUGCCGGCCGUAUGUUCAGUCAAAUUUGUCACCCUGCAACUCAACUCUAGGAGAAACAAAAAUUGGGCACAUGGUGUAAGUAUUUCAAUAGAAAUUGUGUCAAUAUAAAAGGGCAAAAACACAAAUGCAGAAGUUUUACAAGAAAAUAAUGAUUAUCGCAUAGUUGGAAAUGAGAGUUGUGUCAUCCUUGCAUCUUUUUGAAAUCCAACUUUGUUCUGUUAUUAUUGACUGCAAACUCUGGAGUUGGAAUUUAUUUAUCUACCUUUCUGAAAUCUUGUUCGUGUCUUGCUGCUUUGGAGCAAGGAAAGCAAAUUCAUGCCUGUACCAUUAAGCAUAGAUUAAGUCUGGAAGUUCCGAAUUGGAAGUUCUCUUUCACCAUGUAUACAAAGUUUGAAAAUCUGGAAGAUGAGAACCUUGUCGUUAGGAGAAUGCCACGAAGAAAUAUGUCGACGAGGAAAUGCUGGAUCACGCACCGAGAGAGGUUGGGUUGUUUCAACACUGAUAAAUUUGGAAUUAUUCCAACUUCAAAGAGUAGAGCACCAUGCUUGCAUGGUUGAUAAGCCGGACCGUGCAGGAAAUCUCGUUGAUGCUAAGUAAUUCACUGAAUCAGCUAGCAUAAACCAUGGCAUGUGCUUAUGGUAUAUUAACUAUGAAUUGGGAGCAUAUGCCGCAUCAGACAAAAUUGGAGUUUGGCCCUCAAGAAUCAUCUACCAAUGUCUUAUUGUCAAGAGUAUCUAUUUUGCCUUAGGUAGGUUGCAAGAUGUGGAGACGUUGAUCAGGAGGAUGAUGAGUAUUAGAGGGGUGAAUAAAGAACCUAGGUGUGUAGCUGGAUUCUGUUUCAUUUCUGCAAUUUAUUACGGUGACCAGGAACUAAUCGCUGCUUGUAUGUGAUAAUUUAUUCCAUUCUUUGGCCAGUCCUUGUCUACAUAAUUUUCUACAUAGUAAUCUAACUUUAACAUCAGGAUUUGUAUCUUUAUCAAAGAGUGGCAAAUGAAAUGCAUCUCAUCUUGUGGCCUGCUAGAUGUCAGUCACAGUGUAAGAGGCAUUGUUAGACUGCAACAUCAUUAAACAUUAUUGUUACUACUCCUAGGACUUUUAUCUUAUACUGCUAGCUGUUAAAAGUAUAAGAGCAAUAAGUUUCGCCCAAGCAAAAAAAUUAUAAGGGUGAGGGGUAUGGUUUUGAAAAUAGAACUUGUAACUAAGAUAUUAAUUUAUUACCACAUACCAACUUAUUAUAUGCAACUUUAGUAAAAUGCAUCUUCAUUUAGGAAAGGAUCAUGCAGUAUAUAAAGUUUGUUCACUUCAGUCGUUUUUGAUGUAUUGAUUCAGCUGCACAUGCCAGGUUGCACUGGCUUAAACCCCUAAUGGACUAAUAAGAGCUGUGCAGACGCUAUCCCAGCACCAGUUAAAUCACCACAGCUUAAAAAGCCUUCGGAUAAAUGGCAUCUACAACAUGUAGAAACAACACUUCGAAAGGCUAUUACCUUCUACCAAACCAAACACAACAGCAGGUGUAGCAAAAGCA